AUGCGUACGGAUACUUCAUGGUCUCGAAGAGCAUCAGUCAAGCCCUACCAAGUCGAUGAAGCAUCUGAAGCGAAAUCUUCUGGCAUAGUGGAUACGAUUGUCGAGAAGAAGACAGAAUCUCUCGGUUCAAAUGCGCGCCAGGGCGAACCGGAACUUUGGACCUCUGCUCCAUUGGGAGUAUGUUCCAAGAAUCAACUUCAAGACGUCCACUUGGACAAAGCAGAUUUUUUCUUUCUUAUCCCAGAAAUGGAUGGCACACAGUCUGCUCAGUUGUGCGCGCUUUAUGCCACAACUGUGCAGUGUGAGUACAUUACGAGGAUAGACCAGAUCGUCAGCAAGAUUGCGAUGCCGAGUAUGGAGUUC